AUGGCCAGGGCUCGGUUGGCCAAGGAACGCGAGGACGCCGAACGAGAACGACGCGAGAGGGACCGAGACCGGGACAGGGAAAGGGACAGGGAUAGACGCCGGGACCGCAGCCGCGACGGGGACAAGGAAAGGGACCGCAGUCGCAGCCGCGACAGGGACCGCGGCCGCGACAGGGACCGCGGCCGCGACAGGGACCGUCGCGAGUCGAGGUCGAGGUCGAGGUCGAGGUCGAGGUCGAGGUCGCGCCGCAGGGAUCGCGGUCGCGGCGACAGGGACAGAGAUAGGGACCGCGACAGGGACAGGGACCGCGACAGGGACCGCGACAGGGACAGGGACCGCGACAGGGACCGCGACAGGGACAGAGAUAGGGACCGCGACAGAGACAGGGACAGGGACAGGGACAGGGACAGGGACAGGGAGCCUCGCGCGAGAAAACCUCCCGACUUUUCCAACCGACGACCUCUUCGCAACCGCGGCGCUCGCAAGGCGCACGUGGGGCGAAAGUGGGGACCGAACGGCACCCCGCCCGACGGCUUUGACAAGCCCGCCGUUCCCGGCAAGCCGCCGGACCCCGCCGACCAGGCGGCUCACGAGGCUCGGCUCGCCGCGCUCCAGGCGGCGGGCAUCAACGUCCAGGCCACGCGUCACGCGAGGCGCGUCUACGUCGGGGGGUUCCCCGACAACACCAACGAACCGGAACUCGCGUCGUUCAUCGCGAACGCGCUGGUGGCGAUCGGGGGAGCGUCGGGAGCGUACGACCCGGACAACGGCAUGACGUGUGUCCUGUCCGUGUACAUAAACCGCGAUAAGCUUUUCGCGUUUGUCGAGUUUCGGACGGUCGAGGAGGCGUCCAACGCCAUGGCGUUGGACGGCGUCGUCAUGGCGGGCUCGCAGCUGCGGGUGAGACGGCCGAACGAUUACCAGCCGCAGCAAGCCGCGCUCAUCGGGCCGACGACGCCCGCCGAUUCCCUGAAUUUGGCCGCGGUGGGUCUGAUACCGGGGGUGAACGGACAGUCGAGCGGUCGCAAGCUGUACGUCGGCAACCUGCCGCCCUACCUCACCGAGCUUCAGGUUCUCGAGCUCCUCCAGUCCUUCGGCGCGGUGCAGGCUUUUAAUCUCGUGGUGGACAAGGACACGGGUACGUUGAAGGGGUACGGGUUCUUCGAGUACGCCGACGCCGCCGCGGAUGAAGCCGCGAUGGAGGGCCUCACCGGCAUGCGGCUGGGCGACAAGGUUCUCAACGUCAAGAGGGCCGCGUACGACGGCGGGGUCGGACAAGGGGUCGGGCAAGCGAGCGGGUCGGCGCAAGCGCCCGGAUUUGCCCCCGGAAGCCUUCCGGCGAAUGGGGAAUCCGCCAGCGAGUGCGUCCGCCUGACCAACAUGGUGACCAGGGAGGAGCUCACGGACCCGACGGAGGCGCGGGAGAUACUGGAGGACACGCAGGAGGAGUGCGCGGGGUUCGGUGAACUGACGCGGGUCGUGAUGCCGUUGCCCAGGCGCACGCGGUUGGAAGAUCCCGCGGGGGUCGGGGAGGUUUUCCUGCUCUUCGCCGACGCAGAGGGCGCGGCGCGGGCGGUGCGGAGUUUGAACGGGAGGAAGUUCGCCGAUCGCGUCGUCUCCGCCGGAUUCAUCACGCGCGCGGAGUUCGACAAGUACGUCGUCUGA